UUUUCCACGAGAAAGAUCUGAUAAUGACGAUCGACGAUCCAGCCUACUAUACUUAACCAACACAUCACUCAAUCUUUCACGCCGCCUACAUCUGCAGCUGCACCGGCGACCGGAAAAUGUUAGAACAGCAACAUGAUCGAUCGGGGUGAUAUGUAUCAGGGAAAAUGUCGAUUACCAUUUGGGUUUAAUUUAGCCCAAUAGUCAUUUCAAAAUCAAACCCUCAUGGAGGGCGUUGAUGCUAACGAUAAGUAUGCUAAAGAAUUAGAAGUAGGUGUUAGAGUUGUACAGCUUGCUUGUUGUCUAUGCCAGAAGGUGCAAAAGGGUUCGAUUGGUCCGACCCCUGAUCAGGUCUUUUCCAAAGACGACGAUUCACCUGUUACUGUCGCCGAUUGGAGUGUACAAGCAAUGAUAAGUUGGAUUCUCUCAGAAUCAUUCGGCAAACAAAAUGUCUCAAUUGUAGCUGAAGAAGACACACAAGCACUAUCCGAUUCAAACAGCACCAGUUUACUAGCCUCUGUGGUUGCAACCGUGAACGAAAGUUUAGCCAUGGCACCCAGGUUCGGUCUCAAGGGUCCAACCAUCCUGGGGCCCACACAAGUUCUUGAAGCCAUUAACCAUUGCAAUUCAACAGGUGGACCAAUAGGAAAACAUUGGGUCCUUGAUCCUGUUGAUGGAACAUUAGGGUUUGUUCGUGGUGACCAGUAUGCAGUGGCUCUUGCUUUGAUUGAAAACGGGCAGGUUGUGGUCGGUGUUCUUGGCUGCCCAAAUUAUUCGAGUAAAAAAAAACUCGUGAACAAUUCAAGUGUUUCAAAAGAAGGUUGUGUAAUGUAUGCAAGAAAAGGUAGUGGUGAAGCUUGGAUGCAGCCAUUGGCGUGUGAAGGUGGGACCCACGUGGUGUGGCCCAAUUCGGCUACCCGAAUUAGGGUUUCUUCCAUUGAUGAUCCUUCAAUGGCUAUUUGUGAACCUGUUGAAAAAGCUAAUUCUAAUCAUUCUUAUAGUGCUGGAAUUGCUUACACUUUAGGGCUUCGAAAGCAACCGUUGCGUGUUUAUAGCAUGGUGAAGUAUGCAGCAAUAGCGCGUGGGGAUGCGGAGAUAUAUAUGAAGUUUGCAAAAGCUGGAUAUAAAGAGAAGAUAUGGGAUCAUGCUGCGGGGGUGGUGAUAGUGGAAGAAGCUGGCGGUGUUGUGACGGAUGCUGGUGGUCGGCCGCUGGAUUUUUCAAGAGGGGUGUAUCUUGAAGGGGUUGAUCGGGGUAUUGUUACUUGUUCAGGGGCGAAUUUGCAUGACAAAAUUAUUGGGGCUGUUUAUGCAAGUUGGGAGUCUUCUCAUUUAUAAAUUUCUAAAAUAUUACAAGAUGUAUUAUCUUUUUUUUCAAGAUUUUUCACUAUUUAGGCUUAUAUUUGUAUUUUCUUUGAUUGUUUUUGGUUUAUGACAAAUUGCGGGGAAUGGCGACA